CUAGCAGACGACAACGUUGGAAGAAAAUGGCCGCCCGCCCGUACUCCGGUUUGUUGUCCUUUCGGAUUUGGCCACCUACUUCGAUUAAUUUAUCCUAGUAAUAUUUCAGCAGACAUGGAAGGCGUACUUUGGAAAUGGACCAACUACUGGAACGGCUGGCAGCAACGUUGGUUUGUCCUAGAUAAAGGCAUACUUACUUACUACAAGUCUCAAGAAGAGGUGAAUCAGGGAUGUAAGGGGUCUGUGAAAGUCGCUGCGUGCGAAAUAGUGGUUCAUCAGACAGAUCCAAAACGUCUGGACCUGGUGAUUCCAUCAGAACAGCACUUCUACUUACGUGCAGCCACGGCGCAGGAGAGACAGCAAUGGCUGGUAGCUCUCGGUAGUUCUAAAGCGGCACAGCAGAAAGCUAGCGGCAGCGAAGCACUCGCCGGCGGUGUUCAAUACAACGUCCGGCUAAAAAAAUCGGAACUCCGACUGUACUGCGACCUGCUCAUGCAGCAGGUGCACACCAUCAAAACCUCAGCUGGCAGUGAUAUCGCGAAAAUGGACGAAGCCGCAGAGCUGCUACGAGCAACCUGCGACACAUUCAUUAAUACCUUAGAAGAUUGCAUGCGAAUCGCCGACGCAAACUUCACCUACGAGCUUCCCCACCAAGAAGUGAGAGAUUCUGCACUGCCUCACGAAGAAGUGUCACACGGAGCCACUCCCGUCGUACCAAAGCCACUUCACAAACGUCCAGUCGAGCGUCCUCGUCGGAAGUCCUCGUCGUCGGCUGCCCCGGGACCGGACGCGUUUCCCGAAGUUGCCACUCCCGUCGAUCAGCCUCCUCUGCCGUCGAACGGCACCCGACGCCGAGUGAACACGUUUUUCUCCACUAUGGAACAAACAUUUGUUAGUCUCUCUUUAAAAUUGAAAGACGACAUUCCUACCCAGCAGUUCCUCGACUGUUGCCAGGCUGUCCUGCCGGUUUUUGACCUGCUAAGUGCGACUGCGUUUGCACCGGUGAAAAUGGACAUCCAGGGCAACAUCAACAAGCUAAGGGCCAAAUAUGAGACUGACCGCUCUCAGUUCUCGAAUCUUUUUGGCAUGGUACAGCAAGAACUAGACCAGGACACGACCACUGCCCGUAACUCCGCAACGGACGCGUUGUUGUGGUUGAAGCGAGCCCUGGAGUUUAUACACGCGUUUCUCUGUGAGAUUCAUUCCGGGAAGCAUGCGCUGGCGGAGUGUGCGAGUACGGCGUAUGGCAAGACACUCAAGUGCCAUCACGGGUGGGUGGUCAGAAGCGUGUUCUCAGUCGCUCUCAGGGCACUGCCUGACUUUGAAACGUUUGUUGUGGGCCUGGCUCCAACUCCGCAGGACGCACAGCACCAGGACUACAAGCACCAGCUCUUUGUUGACUGCGGGGAGUACAUUGACGCCCUGAAAUCCGUCUUGGACUCCAUCAACAACUUUUACGUCGUCCACGACUUGGAACCAGGACCGAAAACGUGAAGUAGAGAUAUUCUUUCAGAGUAACGACUCGAGCCAAGUCUUGUCAGGACAGAAGUGAAAAAGUCAUUGGAAAAGCACGCUGAACAAACUUUUCAUAGAUGCAGAGGUAGAGGCAGUUCAGAGUUUUAUUUUGUAUCUGGUCACGAACGAGUAAAGUGUACUUUGUAGAAAUUCCAAAGUA